UCCUAAUUCUUUAGAAGGAAGAGAGAGAGAAAGCGGAAGGAGAUUUGCAGUUGAAGAGGCAGUUGCUGUCUCAGCUGUGCUUACUUAAGAUACAAAAGCCUCAGGGAAGUUAGGACAACGGUUAGCUUCCCUCCAAGUUUCCCUCUUUCUGUUCACUUGGAAUCAAAGCAAAGGUCUUUUAUUUUUUUUUUCCUUUUCAGUUGAUUCUUGGUCACCAUCUGAGACCCAACUCCACCUUCCUGUCUCUACUACCAUCUUCUCUGUUUUCUCUACUUCUCCAACCUUCUAUAUCUACUUUCAUUUUGUUUAAAUUUCUUCAUUCAAAGGCCUGUCCAUAAAUACCAACCUGAGUUUUAUGGUUUUUGUUUAUGGUAGGUGCUUUUAGGGGGUGAAUUCUUUGUAAAAGUGAGGUUCUUUGUUAGUUUUGUUUGAUGGUAAAGCUCUUCGAUUGAGGGACUAUAUUUACUAAGUGCCCUCCAAACAACUUGUGCUUUGUUUGGAGUACAGGUUUUGAUAGUAUUUAGAAGUUGGUUUGCAUCUGGAAAACUAUUUUUCAAGAGUCUUAAUUUGGUGGGUUUGCUUGCUAAGGCUAAGCUAACAAACUGGCUAUGGGAGCCUUAAUUGUUAGGCCUGCAGAUAUGCAAGCUUCUCAAUUCAACAGUUUGGUUACUGCCUGAACCUUGUGGUAUUUGUUUCCGAACUACCUCAACAAGAAUUAUUAUGAUUGUUUUCUGCACAUGGAAGUCUUGCUGAUAUAAUUGCCAGUAUGAUAUUUGUGGUCAUCAGUUUCAUAAUGUUUCUGCUUAGGAAUUACAAAUAAUUGUUAGUACCUUAUAAAUUUGGUUGAGUUUGCUUCCCAAAAACACAAGAAGAAAAGGAAUCAUGAAUAGCCGUUACUCUUUUCAAACGGAUUCGUUGUGUAAUUCAAGCACCGCGGUUUCAUUGUCAUCGAAUACUCCCGGAGGAGAAGAUAGAGUGGCUGCAGGUACGUGGAAUAGGUCUCCUCUUGCUCCUUCUUCUUCACUCUCGUUAAGAAUGGCGAUGAGGAUAUCUAGAGCAAGGUGGUUUACCUUCUCAAGGAGAGUUUUCCACUACCAAAAUGGAUCAAGUUCCGAUCUUGGGUCCAAUCCUUUCAAUUCUAGCACUUGGAUGAUGCUGGAGUUCUUAGCUUUGGUAAUUCAAAUAAGCAUCACAACAUUCACUUUGGCUUUUUCAAAUCAGGAGAGGCCUGUUUGGCCUAUGAGGAUAUGGAUUGCUAGCUAUGAUAUUGGUUGUGUCCUUAGUUUGUUUCUUCUUUAUGGCCGUUACCGUCAUCUUCACAUCACUCAAGGAGAUGGUUUUGGCCUUUCUGACAUUGAACAACAGAGGACCAAUGAAGAAUCAAGGAGCUCACAUUUGAUGAACAAAUGCCGGACUUCACUAGAGCUGUUCUUUGCAAUAUGGUUUGUGAUGGGAAACGUUUGGGUCUUUGAUUCUCGCUUUGGAUCCUUCCACCGAACUCCAAAUCUUCAUGCACUCUGUAUCUCAUUGCUAGCUUGGAAUGCUCUCAGCUACUCUUUCCCAUUUCUGUUGUUCCUACUUCUAUGUUGUUGUGUACCACUUAUUAGCAGCCUCCUAGGCUACAACAUGAACGUGGGUUCCACUGACAGAGGAGCAUCUGAUGAUCAGAUCUCCAGGCUGCCUAGUUGGAGAUAUAAAGAAAUCAACACCAACUUGGAGAUUGACCAUGAUUCAGACUGCAAUGCAAGCCCGGUAAAUGAAGAUCCAGAGUGCUGUAUUUGCCUAGCCAAGUAUAAAGACAAAGAAGAGGUGAGAAAGUUGCCAUGUUCCCACAUAUUUCACCUCAAAUGUGUUGAUCAGUGGCUCCGAAUUAUUUCUUGCUGUCCUCUUUGCAAACAAGAACUGGAGAGAUAAACAGAAAGCAAGAACAAAGAUGAAAAGCUCUUAUUAUCCCCCCUCCCCCCCCCAAUUUCCUCCCUGAUUCACUAUGGCGUGAUUUAUUUGUAAAAUUACAAAGGUUACUUGAGUGAGUUUUGUUUUUUGUACAGUGGUGCUCACCAGUAACCAAAAAUCAUACACAAAACCAGACUGAAUUAUACUGUUUCUGAGAAUAUGUAUUGCAGAAGAAUGAAGAAUUUUGCUUCCUAAUGUUAGCAGAGAACCCAUUACUCACAAAUACCCCAAACUUCUACAUAACCUUUUCAAGGCCUGCUGUAAAAUAAUGCAUAUUUAGUAGCUAAUCUAUUUCUCAGUUCUCAUGAUUCCACUCUCAAAUUAAAAUUUGCCACAAUUCAUUCAUUUUGAAGAUUGAAACAGGUUCCACCAAUAAAACCAUAACCAGUUGGCAACUAGUGAUCAAAAAGCUCCUGCAAUUACAAUUAAACCAGUUGGAAACCAUGCCUGCCUUUGGAUGGUUGGUCCUUUACUUUCAGGU